AUGGACAACUGUUCUUCAGCUAAGGUCCCCAUGGCUUUCGGUUAUAAGAUAUCUGCUGAUCCCUCAGGUGAAUCUGUUGACCACAAGACUUAUAGAGAUAUUAAUGGCUCUUUGAUGUACCUCAAUGCAAUUCGACCAAAUAUAGUCUUUGCAACGGGUGUAUGCGCAAGGUACCAGGCUGACCCAAAAGUGUCUCACAUGACCGCAGCCAAAAAAAUCCUAUGGUACUUAAAAGGAAGAAAAACUCUUGGAUUAUGGUAUCCUGCAGGAAAUCAUUUCCGUCUUCAGGUAUUCACAGAUGCGGAUCAUGCCGGAAGCAAACUUGAUCGCAAAAGCACCUUAGGUGGAUGUCAAUUUCUGGGUGGAAGACUAGUCAACUAG